UUGGCCCCCACACAUAACAUGGGACGGUCGAGUCACACAGUGUAGCUUACAGCGGCAGUUGCGUGUUAUUCAGUAUGAUAAGAGGAUUAGCUGGAUCACUCGAAAAUGGAUUAAAAUAUCGUUUAAGUAUACAAAACUAGCAAUAAAAACACAACACACUUUUCAAUACAAUGAGUAGAAGGAGAUGUAUUUGCUGCACACGAAAAAACGUUCACAGAUUGCUCGUCGUUUUUACAAUCGUUGUCUUAGUCCUCACAAGCAGGUACUUACAGAACUUGAUCAAGUUAAUCGACUUUUUAAAUGAAGGGGACACUUUGUACACCAAUCCCGAUGACCACAUUAAGGACAUUUACCUGAAGCUGAUCGAGAAACCAGAUGUGAUACAGCUACACAAACGGGAUGGGUACCAAGAAGAGCCAGAAAUAGCCAUGACGUCAGACCCAACAUGGCCGUCACUGAGAGGGACAUCUAUAACCAUGGCCGAGAUCAAAGGAAAGUUUAAACGGUGCCGGGAGACGUCCAUCAAACAGAACAAGGAAUGUGGGCGUGUCCACGAGGAUCCCCUGGCUUUCUGGAGAUCUAACGGCACUGUCAGGAAAUCAAAAGACGAAGAUUUCCGGAGGAUUUCCUUGGCCUCUGAUUGCUGUGCAUUCGAGCAUGAAAACCUGAUGCGUCUACCUCCCCGCGAGUCCCUCUUCUACUGGGAGGAAGAUUACCUCAGCCAGCCUCACCUGAGUGACCUGAUGGACACAGCCGACGCCAGCAAGUCCACCAUCCACAUCAUCAGCGAGCCGGCCAACGGUGUCUUUACAGUGGGCGACAAAGUCGAGUUUUUGGUGACCUUGUAUGACGGGAACGGCAAUAAACGAGAGCUGGGCGGAGACAGCGUCAACCUGUGGUUGUACAACGAUGACCUGGGGGCUUACAUCGCUGCUGACGUCACGGACUUCCAAGAUGGCAGCUACUCUGCUACAACCUUGCUCCCGUGGAGUGGGGUCGUCAAGGUCAAUGCCACCAUCGCUUACAGCCGGGAACUCUACAGGGCUGUCUUGUUUGUUCAGAGACUCUUCAAGACGACCCACUGGUUUACCGCCACCUUCGCCACCCCCGAGGCCUCCGAGACCACGCCCUGCUUGACCCACCCCGAGCUGCCUGGCUUCACCAAGACAGAGGUCUGCAACCUGACCCAGGAGAACGGUGGCUUCCCCUGGUACUGCGGCAAGCCGGUCAAGUCUCAGCUCCUCAAUUGCUCCAACUACGCGACAGUCAGACGACUAGACAUGAACAGCAUGUUCCCUCUGACGCGUGCCGAGGAACUUCUCAUGAGAUACACGGAAACGCGACGCCCAUUUCUUAUACCAAAUGAUAUUAUUUUAAAAGUUGUUUCAAAAUCCACGCAUUUGUCGCUGCCAUUGCCCAAACUACAGUGUAAGGACCGGAGAUUGCCGGAUACCUUCGACGAUACGAACGUGUCCGGCUAUUUCUUCAACAACACCUGGCGGCCGUUCGCCUGCCGGCUGCCGGAAAUCAACAAACAGUUUAUGCUGGACUGCUUGAGGAACACAAGCGUCCUGUAUUUAGGAGACUCGAACUCUAGAAGCCAGAAUGACCUACUGAGGGCGCUGAUACAGUGCCAGGACAGGAAGAGAAGAUACAAGCUGACUUGGCACGCCAUGUUGUUGUGCGAUAACUUUACUAUGGGCGUGUCCCUGGCCUAUUACCCGGCCAAACAUCCUUUUUAUGGAUCUUUCCAAGAAGAUCUCUCCAUCGACGUCAUCUACUCAUCAGUCGAAAAACUCGACUCCAUACCAGCGGAGGGAAAAUACAUCGUCCAUCUCCACGAUUUCCUGCAUUUAGUGCCCUUUCAUUUAUCUGUCUUAGAGCAUAGACUCGGCCUAGUUCGGCUAGCAGUCCAACGCCUAUUGGCUAGAAACCCCACGGCCUAUAUCAUCUACCAAUCAGCGCAUUCGGCUUAUGCUGGGUGGAGGGGUAUACGUCACAAGAUGGAUUACUACCUGCUGGAUUUACAGCGCAACGCAAUGAAAGGUCUGGGGGAGAGGGUGAUGUUUGCCUACACAUGGCCGAUGACGGUAGCGGUUAAAAAUAUGGAGACGCACCCGGAGAUUUCUCAUCAGUUUUUGAAUUUAUACAUGGGGCAUAUAUGCGGGAGAUAGGUGGAGUCAUUAUCUAGUGAUGGCGGCAGCACUAAAGGGGUCAC